GCCAGCAUACGAUAAAACGAAUCGAAACGGAACACAACCAUUGACGAUUACGUCGACAUAAUCUCCCCUUUGGCAACGCAAACAGUCAUUUCCAUAUAACACCAAAGUGUGUAUGUUCUCAUACAUCUGCAUUUUCCAUUGUUUUGUUGGUUCAAUUAAAAGCGAUCGGACGACCGUAUUAAGCAAAAAAAGAAACACACACACACCAAAUCGAAGGGAAAAAACACAGUAUCGUGGAUUUUUCAUCACAAUUGAAGAUAGAAAGGAAAAAGUUGCAAGCAAGAGAAAACACAGCGAGUGUUCAAGUCAUAAUGUGUUGGCGAAUGGUUUUGGUGGUGCGAUUUUCAGUGCAGCUAACGACCGUAUGAACAGACGAAUGUAUGAAGUGAACAUUGAAGCGAGACACCACAUGAAAUACAAUCAAGCGAAAAAUACCGAGAGCAAAAGAAAUCAACAAAAAAAGUGAACAAGUGAAAAAGAAUGUCAUAUACACAAAUGGAAAAUUGCAUAGACAGCAAUUUUUCGUUGUAAAAUAUUUUUUCCGUUUUCAAUACGUGUGUGAGCGAGAUUUUUGUUCUCACAUUGUUGUUCACUGCGUGUACAUUGGACACUCUCUGUGUGUUAUAUUUUUUUUUGUGUUGACGGUGGCACACUCAGUGCGAAUAUCAGUGUGUAUUGAACGGUCGAAAAGUGUAUAUUGAAAAAUAUUUUUGUGCUGAUUUUAGUCCGGUGGUGUGUGUACGCAUUGUUUCAUUUUUUAUGUUUCUGUUCGGUUUGCCUCUAUAGGUUUUCAAUUCCCAAAUUGCUGAAUCUCGCUCUCGGUUUUUUUUUUCUUCAUCAACAAUCUAAGGGAAUGUAACUCUGCAUUUUGCUGCGUUUAUCACUUGAUUUGUUUGCGUUCAAACAACAAUCCAUAGCUGCAACAGUAUUUCUAAUCGUUCCAUUCCAAAUCGAGCAUACAGUUUUGGGAUUUGGACGAAGGAAAAAAAACAUACACACACAAAAUUGGUGAUAGCAAGACUCUAAACUCAUUUUUUUCCUUCUCUUUUUUGUGAGUCGAAUUGACACAGAGACUUCGAUCGAACGAUUGAUACAAAACAGGCUAAUAGAAUGGAAUACAAUAAUAAUGAAGUUAACCCGAAAAUUGAAGUGAAUCGAAAAAGUGAAAUAGAAUCCGAUAAACGUGUUUGUGUCGUGCACGACAUCCAAUAAAUUGAGAAUUGAAGACGCUUUUUCUCAUCCUUACACCAGUGUAUUUGGUGUGUGUUUUUUUCUUUUCAAUUGUCUUUUUUCUAUUCUGCCUCGCUCAAUUCGAUAUUUCGCAUACCAUUUGAGAUUGUGUCUCCUCCUUUUUAACUCAGCUUAUCAAUAAAAGCGUUUGAAGUGAACGAAGAACAUAAAAAAACGGUAACACAUCGUUUACAAAUUCAUCGGCUACGACCACUUACGGCAAACAAACGAAAAAAAAAGAAAAAGAAAAAAAAACACACACAACAUCUGCAAUAAAAUUGGAAAUUGGCCCCGUCGACAUUGCCGAAGAGUGAAAAGUGUGUGAUGAAGUCAAAGAAAGUGUUGCCGAUCUAUAUGGUCUAUCGUUGUCGAUGAAGUUGCAUCGAUAAUUUCGGGUGUCGAAUUACAGUUUAACGUCGCUAACAUUUUCUCCCAUUUCAGUCUUUCGCUCCGGUUCAGUGUUGUGUUGCGCGAAGCGAAAGAAUGGCGUUUUUAAUAUUAAACUCUAUACGAGGUUACAACAUUCUCUAGAACAUAAAAAUGAACGAGUUCUAAAUUCUUUUGCUCUAAUUAAACAUUUUGGUUUCAUGGGAACAUUUUGUGGAACACAGUACGCCCGCAACCAGAAAAUAUAUAUUGGGUUACCGUAUCGAUUCCUGUAAACAUAAUUUUCGUUUGAAAUACCUCGAAUCGAAAGUAAAGCGAAAAAAAAGGAACACUUUAUUGAAAAACAUUUCACGUUGAACAAUGUAAAUUUUUAUCAAUACAGUGUAUCGAACCAAUUAUGAGAACAAAUUUCGUGCAGCAAAUUUUCGUGUGCAAAAAGGUUCUAGAGCAAACGGUUGAGGAAAAUAAAUAAAUAAAUAACAAGAGACGAUCAAAAGAGUGAGUGGCAGAGAGUAAAGUGGGGAGCAAAGGAAAUUUAAUAUACCAGAAGCGUAUUAGUGGCCAUUGUGGAGUGACAUCGAGAGUUCAUUUAAAUAAAGUGUGUAUAUGUAUCUCGAAGUAAAUCUUGUGCGCGUUCAUUGUGUGUACAAAAGUCGAGUGUAUGUUGAGUUCAUUGAAUACAGAAGAACAAAUGAGCGAAGAGAACGAUAGAGCGUUGAACAAGAGAGCGAGAGAAGAAAAAAAAAAGGUUUCCGAAGGUCUAUUUUCAAUAGUGCAUGAAUGAGUGAUAUCAUCUAAAGUGUUGUCAUUAAUGGUUUUGCUGUUUUUCGCUGUACACACAAAUAUAUAACACUAAAAUAACAAUAAAAUAUUGUCGCAACGUAAAGUUGUCGACCCAUCGAACGAAUGGCAAAAAGUGGAUUGAAGCCAAGAAAUUGUUAGCUCCGGAUUAUUGGAUAUUAUGAAAUCGUAACCAUAAUUUGUUACGCUCUGCCACGGCACAAUGUGAUGGCACAAUCAAUUAGAUCGAAUGCAAGGAUUACCAUUAUUAUGCGUAAUAAAUAAAAAUUUAUUGACAUAAAAAAACUAAAACUAAAGCAAAAACAUAAUUAUUUACGGUAAAAGUGCUCUGUAUAUGUAUGCAUAGCGCGUAAUGGGCCCCCGAACGUCAUUCACUUGAAAAAGUUUUGUUUUGCGAAAAACAGAGUGAAAAAAAAGAGAAAGGAACGGGAAGAAACGGACGAAAGAAAAGGAAUUAAAAAAGUGUUAUCGCUCUGCAAGAGCUCAAGAGGAACGCGCCAAAGGGAAGGAACUGAGUUGUGAUUAGACGAAUCAAAUUAGUCAAAUGAGAACGUUAAUUUUUGUGCAUAAAACCUUAAACAUUCUCGGGCUAAGUAAAUAUAAAUAAAAACAACAAAAACAAAGACGAAGAAGAAGUGCGGUCAUAAAGUGAAAUCUCCAAACUAUAAAAGAGAAAGAAAAGAAUCAUCGUGAAAAGUGAAUGAAAAGAAAGAAAGGAUCGCCCACGAAAAAAGGUUACCAACGAUACACGUCAAAGAUAAAAAGAAGCGAAAGAGAGAAGAGAAAAAAGAACAUCUUGAUAUUCUGAGCUUUCACGUUGUUUUAACAUUAGCAUCGGCAUCCAAAAAGCAGCUAAUUUACAUAAAAAAAACUGUUCCAACAAGGAAAUCAUGUAUACGAAAAAUGCGAAGCAUUCGAACGAAAACGACAGUGCCGACAUCGACAUCAAAUUCAUCAGUUACAAAAAAAAUAACAACAACAACAAUAACCAAACGCAACAAAAUUUUACCUCGAGAAAAAAAAUCUAAUUAAAUUUCUUUGUGAUGCUAUUUAGAGAUAGAGCCAUUUCUCUUUGAGCGCACGAAUCCGGACAAUGGCUCUAAUUAAUUUGAAUAGAAAUGACUAUGUUUUUACCAUAUUCAUCAUCAUGCUGGUGGUUUGCGUACAGGCAAGCUCAUACAAAGACAGUGGAUACGGAACGGGCAAAAGCGGCAAAGGCAGUACAUCAUUCAAUUCACAAAAUCGUAUUAUGUCAUCGGAUUCUGCUUUAUUUACGACAAGGAAUAAUACAAAAGUGAUUGCUCAACGUGGCGGCCUAGCUAUUUUACCGUGUGCGGUAAAGUGGAAUCCGACUGCGACGGUAUCAUGGAUCAGAAGAAGAGACUUUCAAUUACUUACGGUUGGUUUAUCAACAUACAGUUCAGACGAUAGGUUUCUCGUUGAACAUGCCCGACAUAUGGGACAUUGGUCAUUACGGAUCAAAUCGGUUCGUGAUGAUGAUCGAGGACUUUACGAGUGCCAAUUAUCCAUUCAUCCAACUCAAUCGAUAUUCAUUGAACUUAAAGUUGUUGAAGCGGUUGCCGAUAUAAUCGGAGCUCCGGAUAUCCACGUAGAUGAAGGAUCAACACUGCGCUUAGAAUGUAGACUAAGAAGGGCAACCGAGAAUCCUGCUUUCGUUUUCUGGUACCACAAUACAAAAAUGGUUAACUAUGACACACACAAUGGAUUUUCAGUGUCUUCCACAUUAUUACAACCAUUGGAUGAACCGUAUGAAUCGAAUGCGGCCAGUGUCAAUGGAAAACAUCCCCCAAAUGCCACCAUUACACCGACAAAUAAAAAUGCGCCAAUAUCGAAAACUAAAAAAACUACCAACUCACCAACGCAAUCAAUUAGUAUACUUACCAUAAAUGAAGUGAGUUUUUUGCAUAAGGGCAAUUACACUUGUGCACCAUCGAAUGCAAAGCAAGCCAGCAUUACGGUUCAUGUUUUAAGAGAUGAAAAACCGGCAGCAAUGCAACAUGCAAAUGGAAGCAUAACUACCGAUGAAGAUAUUAAAUCAAACUCUAGACGUUCUCAGUUACCAAUGAAAUCAAAGCAUAUCCUAUUAAUAUUUAUUUUAGUCUCUGUUAUAAAAUAUGUUUAUAGAUAAAAAAAAAUUUACAACAUUUUUGUGUUCGAAAAAAAAUUAUAUAUAUAUAUAUUGCGGAAAUGUUUUAAUGCUGCACGGCCAAACCGCAAAAUAGUAGUGCAACCGAACAUCAGCAACAGCAGCAGCCAACAAUAAUAACAACAUACAACCACUACGCAUCACAUAAAAUAUGUAUGCCAUUGUGGAAGUAACGUAAAAAAAGAACCUAAAAACAUUAAAUAGCAAAUCUGACUGACGACGAUUAAGUAAAUGAAAGAGAAAAAAACACUAUAUAUAUAAAAAAGUAAAUAUAAGAGCCGGACAGCUAAAUUGAGAUGGCAAAUACAGAAGAUGAGUGUGAGAUAGAGCGAAAAGAAACACAUCACAUUAAAAGCACAUACAGGAUAUAUGCCAUAAAGCGAAUGCAGUAAUCUCGAACGGAUGCCAGCGUUAGAUGAUAAUAAUGAAUACACGUACGUAAUAAAAGCGAUACAGCAACAAUAUUCCUAUAACUCUCUAUAGUACAUCAACGGAUUUCAAUUGAAACGCAUGUAAUAUUUAUAAAAAAAAACUACUAAAAUAAAAUGGAAUGAUGAGGCAAAGAAAAAAUCAAGCAAGUACAUACAAAGAUGUAUCUGCUGUGGCACACUCACAACGGAACAAAUAAUAAAACGAACAGUGAAAGAAAAAGUGGAUCCGUUGUUGGGGAUAAAAAAAGCAUCAAAGCAUACUACAUAUAUAUAUUGGGAACGGUGACACGACAAGUGGAUGAACGUAAUAAUUAGAAGAUUACUAACUAUUAAACUAAAUGGCAGCAUUCACAUAUGGUGAAAAUAAGGAUAAACCGAAUCGAAUGUAAUUCAGAUUUAUCAUUGAAUCGUGUUAGAAAAUGAGGGAUAUAUUUUUUUUUUGGUUCGUUGUUUUCU